GGACGCGGCCGUGUGGCGGCUGUGGCGCGGCAGCCGCAGCGAUGCCGGGCCAGAAAUCCUUCCGGCGGCGCAGGGAGGACGAGGACGAGGAGGAGGAGGACGAGCAGCUCGCCGAGGAGGUCAGGUUAAAACUUGAAGAAGCCAAAGAAGUUCAGAGCCUCAGAAAGCGGCCCAAUGGGGUGAGUGCUGUGGCUCUGCUGGUGGGAGAGAAGCUGCAAGAAGAAGCCACACUUGUGGAUGACCCAUUUAAGAUAAAAUCUGGGGGAAUGGUGGACAUGAAGAAGCUGAAAGAAAGAGGCAAGGACAGGAUUAAUGAAGAGGAAGAUCUGAACCUGGGAACUUCCUUCUCAGCAGAAACCAACAGGCGGGAUGAAGAUGCUGACAUGAUGAAGUACAUUGAGACUGAGCUGAAGAAGAGAAAGGGGAUUGUGGAGAACGAGGAGCAGAAGGUGAAGCUGAAGAAUGCUGAGGACUCCCUGUACGAGCUGCCAGAGAACAUCCGUGUCUCCUCUGCCAAGAAGACUGAGGAGAUGUUGUCCAACCAGAUGCUGAGUGGCAUUCCUGAAGUGGACCUGGGGAUUGAUGCAAAAAUAAAAAACAUCAUCUCAACUGAAGAGGCCAAGGCCAAGCUCCUGGCAGAGCAGCAGAACAAAAAGAAAGACAGCGAAACUUCCUUUGUUCCCACCAACAUGGCUGUUAAUUAUGUCCAGCACAACAGAUUUUAUCAUGAGGAGCUGAAUGCUCCAGUGCGAAGGAACAAGGAGGAGCCAAAGCCGCGUCCCCUGAGGGUGGGAGACACGGAGAGGCCGGAGCCUGAGCGGUCUCCUCCAAAUCGCAAACGUCCCCUCAAUGAAAAAGCCACAGAUGAUUAUCACUAUGAGAAGUUCAAGAAGAUGAACAGGCGAUACUGAUGAAUGUGAAGCCUCUGGAGCUGUUCCUGUUUUCCACCAAUAAAGGAUUUUGUGUCAGAGACCUGCGAUGGAUGUUGGGAAGAGUCACUGCCUUCAGAUGCUGAUGAAGCUCUUCUGUGUGAUCUUGUAGUGAAUCAGUUUGCAGGUGAUUGUGAACUUUUUGGUUGGUGUAACUUUGUAUAUAAAUAUGUUCUUAUAAAUGAAGUUUUUUAAUGGAAAAUGAGCUUUCGUGGUUGGCAAUUUUUAGUGAGGAAACAAAGUGGCUUUUAUAGAUUUUUCUUUUCACCAUCUUAAUACUAAAACAAAGAGAACCUUUAAAAGCAGCAAUGUCGUUUGCUUUGUAAAUGUAAAGCUCUUGAGAGCUUGUCUUCUUGUCCACGUCUUCCCCAGAAGUGCAG